AGAGUUGAGACUUUAGACUGGGGUUCCAAAAAGUCCCAUUUUUCAAAAUUUUCAUCUUGCUUUGCUGAGAGUCUCUGCCCGCUGCCGCCGAUUGCCGUCGCCGCUGCUCGUCGUCUUCAUCAUUGUGAGGAACCGUUUGAAUUGAGUUGCAUAAUGCCAUCUCUCCAAACAGCAUUACCCCCUGAACUUGCCAACAAUGCCAUCCGACUUUAUCGAGAGUGUCUACGACGAGCAAAAUACAUUGGCAGUAAGCAACAUAACACACAGCUUCUUGUUGGUAUGGUGAGACAGCAGUUCAAAAAGCAUAUGCAUGAGACUGAUCCAGAUAAAAUUCAGAAAUUGAAGGAUGAUGCCGCGAGGGGACUUAUAAAUCACAUGCUUCAUGAAUCCGAGAAGAUGACUGGCCGAAAAUUCAGCCAGAGUUCUUGAAAUUACCUGCUAGCAAA